AACAAAGAAAACUAGUAUCCACCUCUGGAAACGGUUUGAAACCACAUCGCAGCACCGAGGUGUUAAAAUAGAAAAUCUCUCUUCCCUCUCUCGACCAUCCUCCAGCUCACACAUCAGUCACUCUGGACAACAGAUCACAGGCUGAAGACGUCCAGGACCACCUGUCUGUCUACUUGUCUCCGUCUCCGUCUGUCUGUCCAUCACCUGCAACAUGAAGACAAGACAAAGACUUUGGUUUCUGCUCUGGCUGUGUGUUUGCUGUGUUGGUCCUAUGAGCUGUUGGCACGACCUGGAUAACAGCGAGUACGACUGUUGGCCUCUGGACAAACCCAACGAAAGCAACAUGAUCGACUGUGGAGGUCUGGAGAUGGCCUGGGUGGUUCGUCCUCCAGAGUUGAUAAAGAGUGGAAAAGUGUUCAGCGUCACAUACUCGGUAACGGCCCAGGACUCCUUCUACCGCUGGGCCGUAGAAAACCACAUCUUCAAUAACAAUUCCAUAGAAAACGCCGAACAGGCUCGGAGGUUCUGCGAACAUCACGACUGUCCCGCCAACUGGAAAGACGCUGACGGAGAAAACUGCUGUAUUCAUCACGCUAACAUCCACUCCUGUCCGCUGGGAUACAUGACAUCAGAGAGCAUCUGUGGUCCCUGGAUUCCUGACGAUGGAAAAAUCUUCACACACACCAUCUCCACCUCCGGCAAGAUGACCCAAACCAACUGGACCGCCAAGGUGGUUCUGGUCCAUGCUGGCCUCACCUCGCUCAUUGCUCACAUACGUGUUGGUCGAAUGCAGGUUGCUCUGGAGGCCAAGAGCACUGUGCUGCCUGCUGUGGUUUGUGGUGAUGGAGUCUGUGAGGAGGCGGAGCUUUGUUCCACCUGUCCAGCUGACUGUGGUGAAUGCCCUAUGACCCCGACCACGAAGCUGGCCAUCGGCCUGCCGCUGAGCCUGCUGUGCCUCUGUAUCAUACUGACCGCUGUGUGGCUGCGGUACCAGAAACAGAAGCUGUUGUGGGAUGAGAGCUGGAUCAUCGACUUCACUACGAUAAAACAUGAUCAGGAGGCUCGUAUGACCAUGGGCAGUAUAAUGAGCGUCCCAGUGGGCAACAGUGACAGUAACACCAGCUGUGUGACUGCUCUCAGCUCCUGUACGGGACAACCAGGGACCCGAAAAACACCUUUCACCUGCACUGGGAUAUAUGACGGCAGGACAGUGGCCAUCAAGAGGAUUCAAAUAAAGUCUUUCUCUUUCUCCAAAACCAUCAGACAGGAAGUCAAACAAGUCAGGGAGCUCGAUCACCCCAACCUGUGUAAGUUCAUUGGCGGGUGUGUUGAGGUGCCAAACGUUGCCAUAGUGACGGAGUACUGCCCAAAAGGAAGCCUUAAUGAUGUCCUUCUUAACGAGGAGAUCCCGCUUAACUGGGGCUUCAGGUUUUCCUUCGCCACUGACAUCGCCAGAGGGAUGUCGUACCUCCACCAACACAGGAUCUGUCACGGCAGACUCAAGUCUCUAAACUGUGUCUUAGACGACCGCUGGGUCUGCAAAAUCACCGAUUACGGGCUGCAGAUGUAUCGCAGGGAGGAAGAGGGGGAGCCUCUUUCCACCUAUCAGCAGAGACUCAUCGAGGUGUACAUGCCCCCCGAGUUUCACAACUCCAACAUCGAGCCGACGUUGGCUGGAGACGUGUUCAGUUAUUCCAUCAUUCUGCUGGAGAUAGCUACUCGCAGCGACCCCGUCCCUGUAGAGGAGUCUAAUCUGGAGUGUGCCUGGUGUCCUCCUCUGCCUGAGCUGAUCUCCAGUAAAGCCGACAACACCUGUCCCUGUCCUGCUGACUACGUGGAGCUGAUCCGGCGAUGUCGCUCUCAUAACCCCACCCACCGCCCCACAUUUGAACAAAUCAAGAAGUUUGUUCAUCGAAUCAACCCAAUCAAAGUCAGCCCAGUGGACAUGAUGAUGAACCUGAUGGAGAAGUACAGUAAACAUCUGGAGGUUUUGGUGGCUGAGAGGACUCAGGAUCUGAUGCACGAGAAACAGAAGACUGACAGGCUGCUAUACAGUAUGCUUCCUAGGCCGGUAGCUGACGACCUACGGCAGGGGAAACCAAUGCAGGCUCAGAGCUACGUCAGCGCCACCGUAUUCUUCAGUGAUAUUGUGGGCUUCACCCAGCUGUCCAGCAGCAGCACUCCCUACCAGGUCGUGGACUUCCUUAACAAGCUCUACACGACGUUCGACGACAUCAUCGACAACUAUGAUGUUUACAAGGUGGAAACCAUCGGAGAUGCCUACAUGGUGGUGUCCGGUGUGCCCCGAGAGAACGGGAUCCUCCACGCAGCAGAGAUCGCCAGCAUGGCUCUGGAUCUGGUGGGCGUCUGUCGCACCUUCAGGAUCCCUCACAAACCCAACACACAGCUGCAGAUACGAGCUGGGAUACACUCCGGUCCGGUGGUAGCCGGCGUCGUAGGGACGAAGAUGCCUCGUUACUGUCUGUUUGGAGAUACAGUCAACACAGCGUCCAGGAUGGAGUCCACUAGCGUUGCUCUGAAGAUCCAGUGCAGCUCCAGUGCGUUUUACCUGCUGGAGGAGAUCGGCGGCUACACGUUGGAGUGCAGAGGGAUGCUGCAGGUGAAGGGGAAAGGUGACAUGGUAACAUACUGGCUGGAGGGGAAGAAGACGUCUCUGGUCUCCAAGGAUGUCAGCCCCGAUGCCAAGACGACCAAACACGUCACCAUGGAGACGGAGACGGAGAUGGAGACGGAGAAAGAACGAGAGCUGUAUUCAUCCAUGCCGGGGUUCCUGAACCACGACUCCCUCCUGGACCCGAACUGAUCCCCAACUCUGACCUAUGAUCUGUUCAGCUGUCGUCAGUGUUUGUUAAAGUUAAAAUGUGUUCGGUGUUACAUUAUCUGUUUAAUUAUGUGCCAUUAAUCCACCGAACAACAAGAUCCCUGCAGCUAAAACACAUUAAUUUCCUGUUUUAUAAGUAAAUUCUAUUAUAUUUUAGUUUAGUUCGUGGCUCCUGUUUUAAUGUCUGUUAAAACAACAGUCUUGUCAUAAAAAUAUAAAACAUAAAAUAUUCAUAUCAUUUUCAUAUUUGUUUGCUAUUAAGCUACAAUCAAUUAAACCCAAAACUUCCUCUUUUAUUUAGAUGUUGAUACAAAAUCAGCACUUCCUCCAUAUUGACGUCGUCUUGAUAAAUUCAGUAUUACGUCCAUUUGUACUUUUUCCCCAAAUGCUGUUAAACUACCACGAACAGUUAAUUACAGUAUGAAAACAUUAUUUCUGUUGAAAUAGAAAGUUACAGAGUAUAACUGAUGUAGGUUUUUCAGUUAUUAACUACUUCUGCAUAUUUUUAGCUACAGAAACCAUUUAAAUAUCAAAACGUUCAGCUUUUUAAGGACAAAACUGCAAUUAUUCAGAUUCUUUGUAACUUUUAUACUUUUUAAGAUUUCUAAUGUCUGUCUAUGGGAGUGUAUUUAUAGUCAUUGAUAUUAACUAAAAGUAUUCAUCCUUCAUGGACAGGUGUCUCAUGUAGAAAUGCUCAACAUAUUAAAACAUGGUACCAACAGCGCCACCAUGUGGUUGUUUA